UAUAGGAAAGCACAUGGAUCCCUGCUUACAGCACCUCGGAAGACAUGACAAAAUGAGGGCUCACUAUAUGACUCACAUUCUUCCCACACUGUGAGGUGAACAUAAUACAGGGCCAGCGUAUAGGCUUCAGAGAGAUUGCUUGAUUCAAACUGAAUGACAAGGACGACAAUUUAAGCAGCUCACACAUUGCUUAGAGAGGAAGAGAAUACCCUUCCAACCAGUGGCGUCUUGAGGUUGCUUGAAAAGGAUUCGGACCUCACUGAUUCGUCAUGGCACUGCUAACCCAUGCCCUAUCCUGCCUCUUUGGGAUCGGGUCCUGGGUGGCCAUCAAUGGGAUGUGGGUAGAGCUGCCCUUGAUCGUGCCUGAGAUCCCAGAGGGGUGGUACCUGCCUUCUUACCUUACUGUGCUCAUCCAGAUGGCCAACAUUGGGCCUCUGUUUGUCACCUUAAUGCACCGUUUCCAUCCAGGCAAGCUAAGUGAGGUUGCGGUCAUUUAUACCAUCAUUGGCGUAGGCAUUGUUGCUAGUUUCCUCCUGGCUUUCUUGUGGAAGGAGACCCUGGUUGUUGCUGGCAGCUCCCGAAGUGUGGCUCUCCUGGUUCUAACGUUCUUCCUCUCCACCGUGGACUGCACGUCCUCUGUGACGUUUCUGCCUUUCAUGAUGCAUCUCAAACCCCAGUACAUGACCACAUACUUCAUCGGUGAGGGCCUCAGUGGAUUAGUGCCGGGGUUGGUGGCCCUGGUUCAAGGCGUGGGAAUGGUGAAAUGCAUCAACCAGACACAAACAAUAAAUGGCAGCUUUGGCAACUCGACCAUAAGCUUGGAGCUCCAGGCUUGGUACCAACCGGCCAUGUUUUCUGCUCAAGUCUUUUUCUUUUUCCUCAGUGUGAUGAUGGUGGUGUGCUUAGGGGCCUUCCUGCUUCUCAACUACCACCCAAAUGUUCAGCGGGAACGUAAAGCCAGCAGAUACCUUGAGGGAGGCAUUCAUGGUGAAAAUGGGGAGCUGAGUGCUGGAGCAAACAGUCAGCCCGAGCAGAAGCCCAUGAUUAGCCCCCUGGAAAGCCAGCAGCCAGCAGCACAGAGCUCAUUUGGUUCUGGGAAGUACAGUUGGCCUGAAUGUCUGUUUCUCUUUGUGGUGCUUGGCUGGGCAAAUGCACUGACCAAUGCUGUCCUCCCUGCAGUCCAGUCCUACUCCUGUUUGCCCUAUGGAAACAAUGCCUACCACAUGUCAGCCACCCUUGGUGCUGUGGCCAAUCCUGUGGCCUGCUUCAUCGCCAUGUUCCUGCCAAACAGGUCGUUCCUGCUGCUGGGAGUCCUCACCCUGGCUGGCACUGGCUUUGGAUCCUAUAUCAUGACAACAGCGGUGCUGAGUCCAUGCCCACUUCUCAUUCAUUACAGCACAGGGGCCGUUUUGAUAGUCAUGGCAUGGGUGCUCUUUGUUCUGUCUCUCUCCUAUGUCAAGGUGAUGAUCGGGGUGAUCUUACGGGAUGAGGGACACAGCGCCCUCGUGUGGUGUGGAGCUGUAGUUCAGUUGGGUUCCAUGCUGGGUGCUCUGACCAUGUUCCCCUUGGUUAGUGUGUUUGGUUUGUUCAAAUCUGGGGACUCUUGCAACACAAAGUGCCCUGUUUGAAUUGCUUGAUUAUUUGGUCAAUUUGAGAAGCAUUGCACAAUUGAUUUAACUUGAUCUGGCUGACGCUGGUCUUGUCGUCAUGUGGUAAUGAGAAGUAUAGUCUAAGCUCUGUUAUGCUGUUACUGUGUGUGAAUUGGACAUAUACACCUGACUGACGACAUAUAUCAGGUAGCAAUCUAUAAUGGUUUACAGAAAUUAAUUACUGCACUAGGCUGUAAAAACAUGUUUUUAAUCGAACUUAUACCACUAAAUGGAAGCCUAUGUUACUUUAAAAUGAUUAGAAAGGUAACAGCAAACCGAUAUUAUGUGAAUGUGUUAGAGAGAAGAAUGUAUUAAAUAGAGCCUGAGUAGUGCCGCUUCUUCUACACAGUGAU